ACUAAAUAUGCUCAAUUAAAUCAGUUUUCGUUAGUCCUAACGUUAGUAUACUUUAGCUUUAAGAACACUCAAGUCGUGAAUUGUUAUAAUGAACCGUAAACAAAUGAUUGCAAUAUGGUUAUACAAUCGUCGCCGCAAAAGGCAACAGAAAAAUCGUAUUCUCUGGGUACAUCCUAUCAAUGCUAGGAGAGAUGAAGUGGGCUUAUUUAAUACAUUAUUUAAUGAUCUACGAAAUGAUGAAAAUAAGUUUUUUAAUUAUUUCCGUAUGUCAAUUGCCUCUUUUGAUGUAUUACAUUUUUAUAGGUAUCUUGCAAGUGGUUGUACAUUUACUGAUUUACAUUUCAAUUAUAGAGUCGGAAUUUCAACGGCAAGUAAAAUUGUAGAAGAAGUAUGUAUGGCUAUUUGGUGCAUAAUGAGCGAGGAUUUUAUUCCAACACCAACGACAGAGAUGUGGGAGUCAAUUGCUUCUGGAUUUGAAAAUAGAGCUAAUUUUCCGAAUUGCAUCGGAGCUGUCGAUGGAAAACAUAUCCGUCUUACUUGUCCAUUGAACAGUGGGUCAAUGUAUUUUAACUAUAAGGGGUAUAAUUCUAUAGUUUUAAUGGCAAUAGCAGAUUCCAAAUAUCGAUUUGUGUAUGUUGAUGUUGGAAGUUACGGUAAAGACUGUGAUUCAUCAAUAUUUAAGAGGUCCAGUCUGUGGAAGUCAAUAGAAAAUAAUGAGCAACAAUUACCCAAGGAAAAAUUUUUGCCAGGUAUAGACAGUUCAAAAAUACCUUACUUCUUCAUCGGAGACGAAGCUUUUGGAAUACAUAAACAUUUAUUAAGGCCAUUUGGUGGAACACAUCUAACAGUCGAUAAAAGAAUAUUUAACUAUCGACUGUCUAGAGCCAGAAGAUAUAUUGAGUGUUCUUUUGGCAUUCUCACAAAUAAGUGGCGGAUAUUUCAUAGGCCGAUUAAUGUACAACCAGACUUUGCUGUCAAUAUUGUGAAUGCUUGUAUUGUAUUACAUAAUUUUGUACUUGAGAGAGAUGGAUAUAACGACUUGGACACAAUGUCAAUAACAGGGUUGUCAGAUAUUACUCCAGAAUUGAACAUAAGAGGAGGCCUUACACCAAAUAACGUAAGAAGUGCAUUAUGUAAAUAUUUUGUUUCUGACGUUGGAAGUUUACCAUGGCAAAUGUCAAAAAUAUAAGUUAUAAAU